AUGCGUCGACCUGGCGUCGACGGCGGCCUCCUCGGCGGCGGGCGCGGGCUGGUCUCCUUCCGCUUCCCGGACAGCUUCUGGGCGGGCCGCGUGGUGGCGCGCACGGGAUGCAGCUCCGGGCAUUCCCGGUGCGAGACGGGAAGCGUUGCGCCGGCGACGGUGGUGCAGCUGGUGGUGCACGCGGAGGGGCAAGACCUGGCGUCGUACAGCGUGAGCCUGGUGGACGGGUUCAACGUGCCCGCUGUGGUGAGCCCGCAGGCGGUGGGCGGCGGGCAGUGCCCGGCCCUGGGGUGCGCGGCGGACCUCAACGCCGGGUGCCCGCCCUCGCAGCGCGUGCUGGGGGCCGGGGGCGGCGUGGUGGCGUGCAAGGGCCCCGCGGGCUACUUCAAGGAGCGGUGCCCGCUGACGCGCACCACGCCCACCGACGUGGAGCCCGUGCCGCAGCGGUGCUUGGCGCCCGGCGAGCUCAAGGUCGUCUUCUGCCAGUCCGCCAUGGUGAACGCCGCCGCCGCCGCCGAGACCGAGCGCAUCCGCACCGUCGUCGCGGACAACUAGAGCUACUAGCUGUCUAGCUGCCUGUGGUAACGCCGGCCGGUGGUCACUGGUCAGUUGAACGGAGGAGAUGCCGGCUCUCUGAUUAGUGCGUAAUAAAGGUACGUACGUUAACUAGGCAAUUAAGCGCGUGUGUUACUGUUGAACUUGAACGGGGCCGCUAUUAAAGCUGUGUGUGUGUGUGUGGUACUAGUAGUUGUCAUUGGCUUCGUUGCCAUGUGUUCGGCCGGCAGUGCCAAGUGAAUAGUUGCGUCCAUCCAGGAGAAUGUAUGUUUUUGAGUUGCGACA